AUGGGGAUUGAAAUGGGUUCUGUUUAUAAGCUCAAUCGUCACUCUAACACUAAAAUCCCAGCUGCAUUCAGCUCAAUAAAAGCUGUUUUUGUGAAUCAUAAGAGUGACGAAGAUAUAACAGUGGUGUUUCCGAGUAUUCAAUCUCUGGAAAAUUUUUUUGGAGGUGUGAAAAAAAAUGAAUUAAUUCAACCAAAUUUAGAUGAACAUUAUGUAAUGAGUUUGAAUUUGGGUAAGAAAUUACUCACCCAGAAAAUUUCAUUUGAUGAGUUUACUGCUCAAAGAGGAAAUCGAAGUUUCUGGGUUCAUGAUGAUGAAGAUGAAGACGAUCAUCAUGUUUCGAAUGAUGGGUUGGAAAUCAAAUGGGAAAAGCGUCGAAGAACAACAAUCUAUAGUAAACAGAGAUCAGAGCGUCAGAUAAAAAUGGCACAAAGAUUGCCUUCUGAGCUCACAGUAGAAGCUUCAAUGGAGGAUGAAAAAAAGGAAGAAGAAGAAGAAGAUGACGGUGAUGAUGAAGUUGAAGAUGAAGCAGAGAAGGUUCCAGAAAAAACCCGAGUUCUUCGAAAGCGAAAAUGUCAAUUUAAAGGGAUGAAAUAUCAUGAGAAGAAGAAGAUGAAGAUGAAGAAAAAUCAGAUUAAGGUAGUUUCUGAGAAGAAGUUCAAAGAUUCUCAGCAUAGAUGGACUAUUGAGAGGUAUAAGUUGGCAGAAAAGAAUAUGUUGAAGAUCUUGAAGGAAAAAGGGGCAGGACCCGGGAACCCGAUUUUACGACCCGAAUUGAGGUCGGAAGCUCGGAAGCUGAUCGGUGAUACGGGUCUUUUGGAUCAUUUGCUGAAGCAUAUGGCAGGGAAGUUAGCUCCUGGUGGGGCGGAGAGGUUUCGACGUCGGCAUAACCCGGAAGGUGCAAUGGAGUAUUGGUUGGAGAGUGCUGAUUUGAUUGAAGCAAGGAAGCAAGUGGGUGUUACUGACCCGUAUUGGGUACCGCCUCCCGGUUGGAAACCGGGUGAUUGCCCGAACCAAGACCCGGUUUGUGCUAUGCAGCUUAAGGAGCUAAGGGAUGAAAUUGAUGACAUGAAGAGAGAGAUGCAAAAGUUGGCAGGAAAAGGGAAAGAAAGCAACCAGGCUUCAGAUGGUCCUCCAAUAAGUUUUGGUGAAUCAAUAAAGUCACUGAAGGCAACACAUGCUGAGCUAAUGAAGAGGAAAGCCAAUAUUGAGAAACAACUGCUAGAAAUCUCUAAGACCUUUACUGGAAUGGAGGAGGAUAUAGGGAGGCUGAAGGAAUCUGUAGCUGAAGAAAAAGGGGGUGAAGAUCAACAAUUGGCAGAGGAUAAAACUGAAUCAGAUAAGGAUAAAAAAAGGACAGUAAUUAAUGAAGAUGAAAAUUUGAAGACCAAAGAGAAGGAACUGAUAAAAGUGCCCCCAAAAUUAAGGACACCAUCCCCAAAAUCUUCACCAGCUGCUACAGAAAAGAAGGAAAAAAACAGGAAACAAAUUCUGAAGAGUGGCUUCAGAAUCUGUAAACCUCUGGGAACUUUUCUCUGGCCUUCCCAAAUGGGUUCUUUCUCUUCUUCUGCCUCCUCUCAAGUGUUGGUCCACCUUGAAGAUCUCCUAGGGUACCCUACACCGCCUUCUUCUGUCUCUUCCUCCUCUAGUAAGCCACCCUCCUACCUCUUCCCCCCACCACCACCACCACCACAGGAGCCGCAGCAGUCGCUAUCGGCCUUGGUGAAGAGGCCGGUUGCAAUGAGGGCUGCUGUCACUCUGAAUUUCUCUAUUGCUACAAUCAAAGGGUCAACUACUAUUGACAGUAUUUCUAGUCCUACUGCUACUGGGUGUAGUAGUAGUGUUCAGACUUUUGUUCCUGAUCUUAAUGAAGUCCCUCUUUCUUCUUUGACUUGA